AAUUGCAUAUUUGCAAUCCCUAAAAUCCAAGCUUAGCCGGUAGCUGCUUUGUGCCCGACCCGUUUGUCAACACAGUCUCCAGUUGAUACCUCUUAAUUUUCAUUUUGAUCGAAUUAGGGCAAAACUCGUAGACAGACAGAGUUGAGCGAUGGCAAAUCAGGGUGCAAAGAAGCGAAAGGAAGAGAAUGCUCGUCACAUGAAGAACCUCCUUCGUGUCAUCAUCUUUUGCAAUGUUGUAUAUUUGUUGGUCAGGGCCGGAAUCUUCCAUUCUACUUUCAAAUGGAAGCAUUGGCUUGGCCUAGUUUUGACUUCAGUUGCCUACUUCUUUCCCUAUAAACAACUUGAAGGAAUGGCAAAGCCUGCUUAUGCUGAUGAUGGAGACCUGUUGGAUGGAGGGUUCGAUAUGAGUACUGGUGGUGUUUGCGGAUACUUACAUGACGUAAUCUACAUUACCUGCUUCGUCCAACUCGCUUCUAUCAUCUCUGACAAGUUUUGGUACAUAUAUUUAGUGAUCCCAGCGUUCGCAGGGUACCAACUCUUUGGGCUUGUAAAGGGAUUUUUGCCGCAAGGUUCAGAGGGAGCUGAGGAGGAUGAAAAGACUAGAAAGAAGAGAGAAAAGAUGGAAAAGAAAGCCUCCAGAGGGAAAUUUGUGAAGCCCAGGAACAGAUGAUACCAGAUAUGUAGACGGUGUUUGUGCCUAUCACCAUAUCUAUAAAAAUUUUGGCCAAACCAUAGUGAAUCAAAAGCAUAUUUGAGCGAAGGAAUGUGAGAGGCCCACCACUAUGAAAUUGUGUACCAGAUUUUAUCAAGAGGAUGGUCACCUCUGAAUUUAGUGUAGAAGGAUUAGCCAGCCUUUGAACCGGCUAAUCCUUGAAGGACCGUGUUAAAUGUCAGAUAUAUCAUAUACUAUCACACUUUUUUGAUAACACUGUCAUUCUCAAGGGUGCAAUUAUACCAUAGCCAAGAUUGUGGAUCUCCGAGGCAGGUGUACCAUAACUAAAAUCUGGAUUGACAUUUGUUUUCCAAUUUUUCUAAUGAUUUUGCCGCAUUGUUGCUAGUUUUUUUUUUA